AUGAGCAGUAAUAAGAAUAACAACCUACUAUUCCCUCUAGACAAUAAUGAAGAAGAUCCAAUCAUACGACAUACUCAACCAUCAUCAUCAUCUGCAUCAUCUUCAUCAUUUGCAAAUCAUAUAACGUUUAACGGUGGCGAUAAUCUCCAUCAAUUAAAAACCAGUCAAAUCUUGAAAUUAAUCCAAUUGAAAUAUAAUAAUGAUCCCAUUGAAUUGAUCAAACAAUUAUCAAUCGAUGUAUUGAAGAAAGAAUCAGAAUUGAUUGUGGAACGACAAGAGAAUUUCUUAUAUCAACAAAAAUUGAUUAAAUUAUGUAUGGAAUUUAGUAAUUUAUCAACCUUGGAAAUCAAUAAACGUAUAAAUGAUAUGGAUCAUCAACUUUCUCCUCCAUCUCAACUUAAUCAAGAUCUGAAAAUCGUUCAAUCAUUGAUAAAUGAAGCAUUAAAUGAUAAAUUAGUAAGUAAUAAUAAUAAUUCCCAUACCACUUCAUCUACGAAAGAUAAACAAAGGGUAUCUUCACCAGCUCCAAUUCAAUUAAAAUCUAAAACAACUACUAUUCAUGAACAUGACUUACUUCCCAUAGAUUCAGCUACUUCAUCUAAUUCAAUGGCUUCACCUAUGGCAUCUAUACAAUUUGCCCCUCCACCUUCAAUCCCAUUACUGUCAUCGAUUGGAUCAUUAGACUACUAUAAACCAAAUACCAACACCUUAAUGUCAAGUCCAUCUUCUUCAACUCAUUGGUUAUCUAAAUGGUUUAAUUCAAGUGAAGAUUUGUCUUCGUCUAUAUUAGCUAAGAAAUCAUUAAAGGAAAAUUCAUUAAAUGAUGAUAACUCCACUACUAUUGUAAAAGUACCUGUUGAAUUAGAAAGUAUGUCAUCACCAAUUAUACCUGAAUUAUCAGCUUUGGAUACCUCAGUAUCAGUUAAUAUUGAUAAGUAUGGAUUUUUCAAUGAUUUAAAUAAUAUAACCACUACUACAGUAACAGCUACAAGUACUCCACCACCACAAUCACUGCAAACUCCACCUCAAACAGAAUCAAAGGGGUUUGCAGAUAGUUUAGCAAUCUUGAUCCAGAAUAAAAUCCCAUUAAAUCAAACUAUAAAUCAACUUAAACAAAUCUCCAAGAAUCAUGAUUUAACCAAUUUACAAAUUGAAAAUGAAUGGGAUGAGUUGAUACGAGAUAUAAAUCGUGAUUUUUAUAAACAUCAACAAGAUAGAGAAGAGAAGUAUCAUGCGUAUAAUUUCAAACGUUUGAAUUACUUCACUACAGGUAAUCGUAAUAAUGAUAAUCAAAGUUUUAACAAUUUAGAAAUAUUUGGAUUAAUGGGUUUGAAUUUAUUAAAGUUUGAUGAUACGAACUACGUCAAAUUGAUUAAUUUGAUUUAUAAAUCUGGAAUAUUAAUCAAAUAUCGGAAUUUAUUAUGGUUUGAAUUUUCAAAUGGGAAGAAUCUUUGUGUUAAUGGUGAAUAUCAACAAUUGAUAAAUAAAUCCCACCAAAUCAUGCAAAAGAGUGAAUCCAGUGAAAUUGAUGAUGAGAACGUUGAGGUGGAUGAUGUCAAUGCAGGUAUUUUGAACAACAUUAAUCAGAUUAAUCUUGAUCUUCAUCGUACUUUACCUCGAAACUACUAUUUCAAUAAUUUAAUCGAAUUAAAACCAGGUCCAAAUUUCUAUAAACUUAAACGGAUAUUGUAUUCCUUUAUCAUAUAUAAACCUGAGAUAGGUUAUUAUCAAGGGAUGAAUAAACUCGUGGGGAAUCUUCUCUUAUUAAUCAACCAACCAACCAUCACGACGUUGAUCUUGAAAGAAGAAGAUAUAUUUUGGAUCUUCAUUGGUAUCAUUGAAGAAAUCUUACCGAAAUAUUAUAACUCAAGUUUAAAGACCUAUCAAUUAUUCUAUCAAUCAUUCUCCAAUAUUCAACUUGAUUUGAAAAUCAUCAAUCAUGUUUACCUAAAGAAAUAUAUUCCUACUUUAUAUAAAUUAUUUCUGAAGUUAAAUAUCGAUGUCGAAAUCAUAAUAAUUAAUUGGUGGUUAAGUUUAUUCAUUGAUUUGAAUUUCAUCGAUUUAGACUUAUGGUUUAAGAUAUUUGAUAUCUUGUUGAUUAAUAACUAUUACGAAAUAGUCACUAAUGGCGAAAAGACGAUUGAAAAUGAAAAUGACGAAGUUAAUGCUGAUGCUGAUGAUAAAGAUAUCAAUAAUAAUCAACAUGAGUUCGAUAUACCGAACAAUCUUAUCAAAUUCUUUUCCAUAACAUUAUCAAUCUUAAAGGUGCUUGAAAAUCAAUUGAUUAAUUUAGACAGCUACGAAUUGAUUUAUAAAUUCUUAAGUUAUUCAACUUAUGAUAUAACGAAUCAUCUUCAUACUGAUACUGAAGGUCUGACAAACACAACCAACAGUAGCAAUACUAGCGCGAUCAUUGAUAAGUUUAAAAUCAAAUAUAGUGAUUUGAUUAAACAUUAUCAGUAUUUCAAUAAGAGGAUCACAAAAGUUGAUAUUUUGAAUUAUAGAAAGUCAUUAAAGUAA